AUACAAUUAAUAGGAAAUACCCACCCACUAAUUAGGAUUAUUUUAAUUUAUUCAAAAACCUAUAAUUUCGCUUCGCAAUUUUUUUAUUUUACAUGUAUUUUUGUCUAAUCAACUAACAGACUAUUACAUUCAAAGGCUUAUAAUUAUUCGCUUCCCAUCCGAUUUGGAAAUAAGCUUGAUUUUCACUUUAAAAUGUGAGCGAAAAGCUCAUUUAUACAUUUUUCAAUAGGAGGAUAAAUACAAUGAUAAUUGUCAAAAUUUUAUACAAAUCUAAAAUUAUUAAAUAAAAUAAUAUACUUUUUGGCAAUCUUAUGCUUCCUCCUAUAUACAAUUUAUAAUAUGUACCCAUUUUCAAUACUAAAAAAUAGCACACAGAGUCAUUUUGAUACUAAAAUAUUUAAUUCUAAGUAAUUUAAGGAUUUUCAGAUUUUAAAGAAUUUUAAACCUGAUAGAUCAGGUUCAUUUUUGCAUUGAAAAUCUAAUGAAAUUUUUCUUUUAUCACAUUUUUACACGCACGUUUUUCAUUAGAACAUUAACUUGUUAUUUUCUUAACUCAAUUCAAGGUUUAAACCAUUUUUAUAAUUUAUAUAUUAGCAUAAAAUAGUGCAUGUGCUUUGAAUUAAAAAAUUUUAGGGCAUAUACAUCAAUAAGUAAAAUAUAAGCUUGAUUACUAAUCGUAAUUUAUGAAUUUUUCCGGCAAAUAUUAUGAUGUUCUAAUUAUU